AUGGCUACCACCACCUCACCUCUGUUACUCAUCACUGAGGACACCAGUUCUGAGAACAGCAGCUCCUUCUAUGACUAUGACUACUUGGAUGACCUGGCCUUCAUGCUCUGCAGGAAGGAUGCAGUGCUGUCUUUUGGCAAAAUCUUCUUACCAGUCUUCUACAGCCUGAUCUUUGUGUUGGGCCUAGGUGGUAACCUCCUCCUUCUUGUGGUCUUGCUCCGGUAUGUGCCUCGUAGGCGGAUGGCUCAGGUCUACCUGAUGAACUUGGCCAUCUCCAAUCUCCUGUUUGUGGUGACUCUGCCCUUCUGGGGCAUCUCUGUGGCCUGGCAUUGGGUCUUUGGAAAUUUCUUGUGCAAGAUGGUAAGCACCCUCUAUACCAUUAACUUCUACAGUGGCAUCUUCUUCAUUAGCUGCAUGAGCCUGGACAAGUACCUGGAAAUCGUGUAUGCUCAACGCCACCACAGGCUGAGGACAUGGGCCAAGAGCCUGAUCUUGUCUGCUGUGGUGUGGGGCGUGGCCCUAGCCAUCUCCAUCCCUGACAUGAUCUUUGUGCAGACGCAUGAAAACCCCAAGGGUAUGUGGAACUGCUACCCAGACUUCGGUGGGCAUGGGACUGUCUGGAAGCUCUUCCUCCGCUUCCAGCAGAACCUCCUGGGGUUUCUUCUUCCACUCCUUGCUAUGAUCUUCUUCUACUCCCGCAUUGGUUGUGUCCUGGUCAGGUUGAAGCCCCUGGGCCAGGGUCGGGCUCUUCGGAUGUCUGCAGCCCUGGUGGUAGCCUUCUUCAUGCUCUGGUUCCCAUACAACCUGACCUUGUUUCUGCACUCACUGCUGGACCUACAGGUCUUUGGGGACUGCAAAACCAGCCACCACCUGGAUUAUGCUCUGCAGGUGACUGAGAGCAUAGCCUUCCUUCACUGCUGCUUCACCCCCAUCCUCUAUGCCUUCUCUAGCCGCCGCUUCCGCCGGUACCUGAAGACUUUCCUGACCACUGUUCUUGGAUGGCACCUGGCACCUGGCACUGCCCAGAACUCACUGUCCAGCUGUUCUGAGAGCAGCAGGCUGACUGCCCAAGAGGAAAUGACAGGCAUGGAUGAACUGGGGAAGAGGCAAGCUGAGUGCUCCCCCAACAAGGGAGAUGUGGAAAAAAAUUAA